GAACAGCAGCGCCACGUUGGCAAAAUCGACAAAAUUACAAACUUUGGAUGUCGUGUGGCGGCGAGCGGUCUGAGGGACACAGCGCAGCUCUUCUCUCCGACUCACCUAUUCUCCUGUCCUUUUUAACGUUUAUUUGAUAGAUUUUCCAGUAAACAAAUCUUUUGACAUCAUAUCGCGGAUAGUGCAUUUUAUCUGUAUUUUAUUGAGAACAUAUCGGCAAACAGCUACUCACCAGCUUCCAGGUUUUUUAUCAAUUCGCCGAAGUUGCUAGAAGAAUGGUGAAGGCUGUCGGCUCUGAAAUGCAUAGAGGAACCAGCUUCCAAGAAACAGAGCCUGAAAAUCAGACUCAAGAACCAGAAGGUGGCGGGAAGGAACAUCCAGUGUCAGAGCCUGGCAUGAUCUGGAAGGUGACCGGUGGCAUCUUCAGCGUCACCAAGGGAGUGGUGGGAGCCACAGUAGGCGGCGUGGCCUGGCUGGGAGGAAAGGGCUUGGAAAUGACCAAAUCUGCAGUGACGAGUGUGCCAGCUGCCGGCGUGGGCUUAGUGAAGGGCGGCGUAUCUGCAGUGGCGGGUGGCGUGAGCACCGUAGGGUCAACGGUGGCCAGCAAAGUAACUUUUAAAGCAAAGAGGAAGGAUAAAGCGGAAUGAACUGGCAGUGUUGGGUGAGCUCUGAAGGGACUAGAAGUUUUAGGCCGUGACUUUCUGUGACGCGUCCAUAUGUGUCUGCUUCGUUUUUUUUUUUUUUUGUUUUUUAAGUUUUCAUUUUCAGUAUUAAGAGUUUUGUUGGAAAAAAAUAUUUGUAUAUUUUUUAAACAAACCAGCAAAUGUGUAACCAUCAUUUCAAGCUGUACAUGUUCAACGCAGCAACGUGUUUAUAGUGCCUCCCAAGACGUGCGUCACACAUUUGGAAUUAUGACUGGGGUUGGAAGUUUCUCUCCAGCGUUCAAGAAUCUUUCCGUUGCCCAGCUACACCAGAUUUUUGACUCAUGUAAGAAUGUGCCUUUUAGUUUCUUAAGUUUCCAUGAGAGUGUGAAGUGCAUCACCUCUCUGCCUUGACCUGUGGGCCAUUUCCAAGAAUAACGUCUUUGUGUUUGUUUGUAACAGCUCUUUGAUAUUUAGGGGAAGGGCAUGAGCUGUGGAUGUGAUGUUGUUAACUUGUACUUUGGACUGUGGGACGGGUUGGAGACAUGGAAGGGUGGUGAGUUGGUCAUUUGUGGCUGGCACAAAUGUUGAAUUUUUUUUGUAUUAUUUCACUAAUAAAUAUGGCAAAAAAAAAGGGACUGUGAGACUUCGAAGAAAAAAUGUGGAGAAAUUGGAAUUAACUGUUAAGAGGCUAAAUAUUCUGACUACAUAUACAUUUACUCACUGGCAGCCCCUAGUGUGUUGUCUCAACUGCCCGCUCCGAUCAUUACAUUGCACUCAUUUGACAGCCCACCCUGUCUGCUCAAGACUUUGGACUGCCGUGCUUGUUGAGACUUUUCUGCAGCGUCACCCACAUGCCCAGGGUCCGGAUUAAGACGAAAUUGGGCCUGAUGCUGCAGCGCAAAAAAGGCCUAUUUUUUUCUCGACAUUAUUGGUGCAUGUGCAUUCGACACUCACUCGUCUGUCUUCAUCUGGGCCUAUUUCAGGAAUGGGCCUAAUGUUGCAGCAUCAAUAGCACCCACCUUAAUCCGGCCCUGCACAUGCCCCACCUUAGCUGCUGCCACCACGUUGUUUUUGUCUUCAUGUUUUCAGAAACAUUAAAUAGAAACAUCUGCCAUUGCUUUUCACAUGCAUGCAGUUUUACACAGAGAGGGGCACACAUCCAAGCGUUGUGCUGUCACCUUCACUGCAGCCUUUGAGGCUUCCAGAUCUUUCUGAGGCAGGUAACACGCGGGUCCAAUUUCAUCAGCCUUUUGAUUUUGUUCGACAUUGUCCUCCCACAGGUAAGGCUGAGCUGCCAAGGCCUUGAGAGUUCCAUUUUAUUUCUGGGUUUUGCCUUAUGGGGCUUGCUGUUGUAGCGUGCAUUUGCCUGCACAGGGACCUGGGAAUCCCAUAAGGUGCAGGUUGGUGAGCGUAUUUAUAGAAUCAGAUGAGGAUUUGGUUAGUAAUUAGUGUCACAGCGGGAUGCUAAAAAGCAAGGAAACAAAAAUGGGCAACAUAGGGCUUCUUUUUUGUUUUUGGAAUGAGCCUAACCUUUCUUAAAUUUGCUAAUAAAAGAAGACUUUCUCAUUGGA